AAGGAGUUUGAAGCCAGUUGGAGGGAGUACAUGCAAGCUUGGAGGGCAGAGGAGGGGCUUUUUAACUCAACAACAACACAGAGGGGAGUGAGAGUGCUGAGAGGAUUGUGAAUGCGGCAGAGGAAGGGAGUACACGCUCUGUGAAGAAGACAGGAAAAAAGACGGAUUUUCACAAUUCCCUUCUCUUUUUUUCCGCGUUUUCUUUGCUUUUGUGCUUCCGAUUUUGCAGUCUUUGUCAUUCUCCGGGAUGUAAAGUAGCUGAAUAGUUUUACUCUUCCUCUACAAUGACUGCUUGACAGUUUUCUUGCGUCCACCAUCCUUCCAGCACCAACAUCACUUUGAUCCAAGCUUUUUUUGCAAUUCAUCCAUCCACCUCUGUGUGGUUUUGUACGAUGCCAGUACUGGAGGGGCACUGGGGCUCGGAUCUCAGGAUGCGGGACUCUGGUCUUGGGGUCUGUCCAGAAGAACCUCCUGGUUCCCCGGAGUGGGGACCUCUGAGGACACCUCCUGUUACUUGCGGUGGCUUGUCACUGACCCUGGAGCUUCCCGCUCUCAUCCGACAGCUCAGAGCAGCCUGGAGAGCCCGCAAGGGAGGUCCCUGCUCGAGGGAGAAAAGGCACGGCAGCACUUGGGUGGAAGCAGAAAAAGAGGUUGAGGAAGGAAAGCAGGAUGAAGAAAACAGCCGUGCACAUCUGGAAGCAAAGAGCAGACUGAACACAGCCCAUGCUGAUGUGCUGCUGGCAAAAAGGCGAGGCUCCUACCCACCGAUUGACUUGCACAUCCUGAGAAACAGCAUCCAGUCUGGAGAAACUGAGUUCAGCACAAAGAGACAGAUGAAGCACCUGCUGAGCAUCCAGAGAUGCUACCACACCUCCAGAUUGCUGGGGGGCCUGGCCCCCCAUGACUCCGGGUCGCUGUACUUAUUGGACGAUGAUUACCUGGGACAAGCAGCUCACAUGCUGUCAAAAGUCGGCACGUGGAACUUUGACAUUUUUCUCUUUGAUCGCCUUACAAACGGUAACAGCUUGGUGACUCUCAUGUGUCAUCUUUUUAAUAUCUACGACCUAAUUCAUCACUUUCAACUGGACAUAGUCAAACUGCACAGGUUUUUCGGCAUGGUGCAGAAGGACUACCAUUCCCAGAAUCCUUACCACAAUGCCAUUCAUGCUGCUGAUGUCACCCAAGCUAUAUACUGCUAUCUGAAGGAGCCCAAGCUGGCAGAUCAGCUGAGUCCUCUGGACGUGUUCCUGGGUCUGAUAGCUGCAGCGGCUCAUGACGUGGACCAUCCAGGGGUCAACCAGCCCUUUCUCAUCAAAACCAGACACCAUCUGGCUUCUCUUUACCAGAACACAUCUGUGCUGGAGAGCCACCACUGGAGAUCCACUGUGGGCAUGCUGCGAGAAUCAGGACUGCUGGCCCACUUGCCAGCUGAGAUCACGCGAGUGAUUGAACAGCAGUUAGGCUCGCUCAUCCUGGCCACAGACAUCUGCAGGCAAAACGAGUUCCUGCUGACCUUCAGAGAGCAUCUGGACAACCAGGACUUGGACCUUCUAGAGGCUUCACACAGACACUUUAUCCUGCAGAUUGCUUUGAAGUGUGCAGACGUCUGUAAUCCCUGUCGGAGCUGGGAGCUGAGCCGGCAGUGGGGUGAGAGGGUGUGUGAGGAGUUCCACAAGCAGGGUGAGCUGGAGAAGAAGUUUGACUUGGAGGUUAGUCCUCAGUGUGACCACCAGGUGGAUUCUGUCCCAGCCAUCCAAUCAGGUUUUAUUUCUUGCAUCGCUGAGCCGCUUUUUGAAGAAUGGAACCGCUUUACUCACCCUAGCCUGCUCAGCCAAACCAUGUUGGACCACCUGCACAAGAACAAGGCUCACUGGAUCCGCCUGCUCAAUCCAGGCACGCUUGCAGAAGAACAAACUUACGCCUGUGCUGAGAGCUGUGACGCUGAAAAAGGAGAAAGAAAAAACAUCCCUUAAAAGUUCCUCUUCAUUUUUGGGAAAUGUUUUAUCUUCAAACGUGGGAAAAUCUAAUUCCUGCAUUUUUGCUGCCACACCUGGGAGCUCAAAGGCUCCAAAAAUGGGAGCAGUUAGAGGAUGGCUCCCUCUAGUGGAGCUGGAGAGUAAUGUAGCACUGCAGGUUUAAAGGUAAGCGGGUGGAAAGAGAUUCAAGGACAGGAAUCUUAGUAGAUAAAGGCACAUACCUUUGCCUUUGUAACUCAUGACCUGUGUUUUGAAUGAAAUUAGCAAGACUUGAAUAGAAUAAAGGGGCGGAGCCGAAAACAGAAGAGCAAAAGAGAUAUUUUUAAAGCUAAAAAGAAAUAAUCAUAACUGGACUGGGAUGGAAAAUAUCAAUUUAUGAAAAUGUAUGAAAAGGUUCUGUUUUUACUGAAAUUCUGUAAUUUUUAAACAACACAUAAUUCUCUUUUUAUUGUUGUUUUUUCUAGCUCUUGAAUGCUUCUCACACAGUAUUUUCACCUUUUUCACAAAUGUGGUUUUUCUAAAAAAAAAAUUUUAAGCACUUUGCUGUCGAGCACUUUGCUUUACUUAAACAAACAAAAUGUAUUUUUUUUCUUUAACAACCUGUUUUGCAGCUGUCACUGAAUGUUGUUGUACUUCAAGGCUCUUUCCUGAUUGGUUGAUCGCCCAGCAUCAGGUUCAAAGUUAGCCUCACAUCCUGCAAGCAUUGCCAAGGUGCCAAAAAUAUUGCUAUGAGACAUCAUUGCACUCUUACCUCUAUAUAUUCCUCUCACAGAUAUUUCUGAAAACAGUAGCUGUGGCUUUAUGCACCUCGACAGAACAGACACAUCUGUUUUUAUGUAUUAAACCAAUAAAGUUGCAGGAAAUGACUAUAUGUUAUGGUAAAUAUAUUAAAAAAUAUAUAAUAAUAUAUUAAUAUUUUUACUGUCUGAGCCACAUGGAGGUGUCACUUGAAAGAUGUUUAGUGUAAUUGUAAAUACAAGAAUUUGUAAUUGUGCACACAUGAAGUUAUGCUUAGUGCGUUUUACAGAUUUGAGGUUUAUCAUCUUGAAUUUUCCAAAUCAACCAGACACUGAGGGGUUGUGUUUACAAAAACUAUCAACCUGAUAAAUCGUAAUUUUUUUUUUUACUACUUAAACUCUGACACUUCUACUGAAGUGCAAUGAUUUUUAAAGUAUGUGGCCAAACUGGUAAAAAAGAAAGAAAAAAAAAGCAGAGGCUUUUGUUUUCUAAAGUUUACAAUCAGUCCUGUUUUAAAUGUGUUUGUCGUAAAACUUUGACAGUAUAAAUAUCUCUUUUAAAUCUGGAAAUUUCUAUGAGUCAUUCAUUAACAGAUCUAUUCAGCAUUCCCAGAACUGCUUCCUGUUUAAAUACCUCUAACAAAGAACAACUGUUAGAUUAGCCCAGCAAUACUGGUUUUUUGAUGUGUUGAAUGUUUAGAUAGUAGAAUAAUGAUUGAUCAUUUUUAAACAUCAAAAAACUUCCAAAAACUCCAGAUGCGAGUAUAAGUUUUAUGUCUGAUUAAAGAAUGAGCACUGAUGCAUAAA